AUGCACCGCAACCGUACUUGGGCCGUCUCGUGGUUGACGUUGUUGGAUGCAGCGGGUGUCCCAUUCUCUGCCAUUGUUGGUUGCAGUAUCGGUCGUCGGCGUCCGAUGAGUUGGUCUGCGUUGGGAUCCUCUUCCAUAAGCUCGUCCUCCGUCGAUGCACCGACGCCUCGAUGUCACUGUGGCGUGAGGUCGCCAAUCAGAACCGCUUGGAAAUGUGAUUAUCCGAGCAGAAGAUUUUACGGAUGUUCUGGGUACGGAACCAGCAGGAAAUGCUCGUUCUUUCAGUGGUACGAUCUAGAGCCCCCGCCUCGUUACUCUGACGUCAUUCGCAGGUUGCUAGAAACGAACGAGGGCAUUAGAAGCGAGAACACGGAGUUGAAGAAGACAAGACAGGAACUCCUAGACGAGCUGCGUUCUUUGCAACAUAGUUUGUAUGAAACAAGGGCAGAUCUGGAGGCCGCCAUUUCAGCAUCUACGGCCAUGGAAGACAACAUGCUUGCGAGUGUCGCGACGACGAGGAGGCGAGGUGUUCUGAUCACCGUGCUGAUAUCCGCGAUCAUUUUGUUGGUGUUUUUACCGGUGAAGAUCGCUUGA